AGCAUUUACUAGCUGCACUUUAAGAUCAGUUAGCAUGCUAGCCACAGCCAGCUAACUUGCUUGUCUGAUUUAUUUUUCUCAAUUUCUCUACUUUACAUUUCAAGAGUCGAAAUGGACAACGAUCAGGAGGGAUCCAAAGAGAGYUCUGACCAAACCGAGCUGGUGUCUGAGGACGGCAAGAAUACMAAGUCUGUUCUGUGUCAACGCUGCGGUUCCAAGGUGCUGUGCCCUGCCAUGGCUAUGUUUACCGAGAAGGAGCUGUUCCUACCGGCCAUGCGGAAGAAGAGCAGCUCCAACACUGCUGAGGGCUCCGUCAACGGUGACACACUGACCGCCCACUGGUUAGUGGACGACAUGCUCACUUUUGAGAACRUGGGUUUCACAAAGGAUGUGGGGAAAAUCAAGUACCUCAUCUGUGCAGAUUGUGAAAUUGGACCAAUCGGCUGGCACUGUUUGGAUGACAAAAAGAAAUUCUAUGUGGCUUUGGAUAGGGUGAACCAUGCAUAAUGUUUUUAUGCAUUUGUGAGCCCACACGGACCUCAUUAAAUGUUUUGGCAGGCUAUGCAUUGUUUUUAUGGAUUUAUGCCCAGUUUACCCCGAAUAAGUCCAUCGUACACACACUCACUGAUACUGUACUGUUAAAGGGAUUGUGCCAUGUUCAUUUCCAUCGAUCAUAAUGGCAUKAGUACAACCAUUCUGUUCUAAUAAAGUUAUUAAUGAAGUCAUUA